CUGUGAUUUCUCUUCUCUUUACAGGCUUCACAGAGCCCAGUGUGCAAUUAAACAGACUCAGGUAACCGUUCAGAAAAUAGGAAGGGAGAUAGAAGAAAAGCUGAGAUGCACAUCUACAAGCAAUGAACUGAAAAAGGAGAGUGAAUGUUUACAGUUGAAGAUCCUGGUGCUGCGUAACGAACUGGAGAGGCAGAGGAAGGCCCUUGGUCAAGAAGUAGCUUUGUUACAUAAGGAAAAGAAUACUUUACAUGACAAAGGAAAUGCAUUUGAGGCUGAGUAUCAGAAGCAUCAAGAGCGUAAUGAAUCCCUGCAUGAAUUAAGAAAAGAAUGCACUUCAAAGAGAGAACUGUUCCUGAAGACCAACGCCCAGCAGACCGCUCGAUGCAAGCAGUUGCUCUCAGAGCUGUCCUACAUCUACCCUAUUGACCUGAAUGACCAAAAGGAUUACUUUGUUUGUGGAGUCAAGCUUCCGAACUCUGAAGACUUUCAAGCAAAAGAUGACGGAAGCAUCGCUGUUGCCCUGGGCUACACCGCUCAUUUGGUUUCAAUGAUCUCCUACUUCUUACAAGUGCCACUCAGGUAUCCCAUAAUUCACAAGGGCUCCAGGUCUACAAUCAAAGAUAACAUCAACGACAAACUGACAGAGAAAGAGAGAGAAUUUCCUUUAUACCCAAAAGGAGGAGAGAAGCUUCAGUUUGAAUAUGGAGUGUAUCUUCUCAACAAAAACAUAGCACAGCUUAGAUAUCAACAUGGGCUGAGUACUCCAGAUCUAAGGCAAACUCUUCCUAACCUGAAAAAUUUCAUGGAACUCGGGCUCAUGGUCAGAUGUGAUCGACACCAUACAUCCAGUGCAAUUCCUGUUCCAAAGAGGCAGAGCUCUAGCUUCGGCAGAUUGGAUGUUGGCUUUUCCAGUGGGCUUCCUUCUCCAGAUAAAGGACUCCGAAAACGAGCUAGCACGGGAAACGAGAGACUGCAGUACAAAACUCCUCCUCCUAGUUACAACUCGGCUUUAACGCAGCCCGUGGCCAUCGCAGCCCAUGCGGGAGGAUUAGAUAAAAAACCCGGAUCGAUAUCUUCUUCCCUCGAUACCUCCAUGGACUCCUCAAAAGGAAAUAAGAAAGGAGAGGACUCGUGUGGCAGUUUAAACGGAGAAAACGGGAGCCUAACCAAUACCCAAGACCAGCAGGAGUCUUUCCUAGGACAUACUAGUGCAAUAAAUGGGGCGCUGCUGCCCGCUGAGUGUUCCAACACCAUAAGCAGCGAGCAGCCUUGUGAGUUUCGGCCCUCGCUCGGCCCCGUCCUUUGCUGCACGGUGGAGCAAGCAGAGGAAAUAAUGGGGAUGGAAGCGACAGGGUUCAGCACGGGAGAUCAGCUAGAAGACUUUAACUCCAUCCCGGUGGAGCACGCCGUGGCAGUGGAGUGUGAUGAACAGGUCCUGGGGGAGUUUGAGGAGUUCUCUCGGAGGAUCUAUGCACUGAAUGAAAACAUGUCCAGCUUCCGCAGGCCGCGUAAAAGUUCGGACAAGUGAGCUGGGGCAGGGAUUUGAUGGCGGACAUUGGGGUGAAAUCAGCGAUCUGGAAUAGAGAUAAAAUUGCACUUAUUCUUUAUAUUAAUUAUAUAUAUAUAUAUAUAAAAAGCUAAAGCUAUUCCAAUGGUGUUAGGACAAACGGACUUGUUACUGAGCACGAUAACACAGGAUCAUGGUAUAUAUUCACAGCCCAGGUAAAUUCUGAUUCUGAUUCCAGUCCUCUUGUGUCUGGUAUUUAUAAUCUGUUGAGUUUUGUGGGUUUUUUUUAGGUGAUGGAGUCCAUUUGUAAGCGCUUUCCUGGAAAAAAAACAAAACUUCGAGUGCUGAUCUGGCCCUCCUAUGAGUAUUUGUUUUCUGAAUUAUCAUUUAGAAUUAAACUUAUUUUAAUCUUAUCAGAAGGAAAAAAAAAAAAGGAGUUAAUUUAAAAAUAUGAUUAUGAUAAGAGCUCUUGAUAUUCUCCCAUGUACUCCUGUGCUUUCUUGUGCAGUGCAGCCAUGAAAUGCCAUGAGUUGGCCGUAGUCAGACAGCUUUCUCUUGGCUGCACUGUGCUGCUGUGGGAGUUUGCACUGAUGGUCCUCCAGCUGGUGGUGUGCACUUGCCAAAGAGAGAGCACCUGAGGUCUCCCUGUGCCUGAAUCAUCGUGUUUCCUCCUUCCCUCCACGCUCAGUCUUCCUUCUGGUAGAGCCCAUGAGCACCCAAUCACCUCUAAGGUUUGUUAGGAAAACCUCGUGUCUCAUUCUCCAUUGAACUUCAUUAUCUCCAAGCUAAUCAGCAGAAGCCUGACGAGCGUACAGUGUGAGUGGGUUUCACCCACUGUGCUUGGAAUUAGGUAAACCUGUGGAAUUGCUCUGCCCUCUGUAGAAGGGAAGCACUUGGCAUAAUUCAUUAAUAUCCCUUUAACUGGACCCUCUGUGUGUUAAGGAAGAGCCUUUGGUUGGAGCUUUGUUGUGGGGCUGCUCACCCCUGGCACAUGUGUUUGGCUAACUAAUGGGAAAGCCAUUAGCAGCCCAUUUUGUGAUUCCUGCUAUUUGUUGGAGUUUGGAUUCCAUUGCUCUUGCUUUCUGUAUUGCAUGACCAAGAAUUCAGGCUUGGUCACGAGCUCUCAAAUAUAAA